GUAUCUUAAAUCCCCGCCGCGUUGAACAGUUGGUGUCAGCACCACGGCUGGCAUGGCUAGUCGCACUCGCACGACCGCCAUGUCGACGUUGAAGCAUCGCGUCGACUGUCGUGAGUGGGACUCAUAAUGAAAGCUCCCAUUAUUCCCGAAAUACCCGUGGCAGUGGCUGGAUCGCUCCUCUCGUCCCGUCUCCCAGCAUUCGGAAUUCUGUCCCUCUCGGUCCCUCGCGGUCCCUCGUAUACUCGUGGCAUGGCUCGGCUCCGAUGAUCCGAUCCUUUCACGAGAGUCACGCAUGCUGAGCAGCAUUUGGUCCCAGAGAGCAUUUAAUGUGGGAAGGGGACUGUUUCGUCCUCAAAUGAGCAACCCCUAAUCUGGAACACUUGAUCGCGUCUUUGAGUCCGCCAUAUGCUGUCAAUCGUGCGAUCGCGCUGCCAGCGCACCCGGAGUUAGUAGGACCAUCAUUGAUGACGGUCGCGUCGCGUUUCGUCGGAACCUACCCGCGGCCGCAGACGACAUGCUACUUGUGCUAGGAAAAGGCACGCUAAGUGUUCGGAUCAGCACCUCGAUCAGCAGCCAGCGGGAGCAUACUGGCAUUUCAAAUCUGGAAACAACUUGUUUCAAAUGUGUGUGUGUUAGAAAUUCCACGAAGUUCUUUGGUUGCGAAGCCACGUCCAUACUAUGGAACGUGACUAGUAGUUAGAACGUGGCCAUCGCGGACGAAAUCUGAGACUCUGGCCCCACCGUGAGCCCGUGUGACUAGCGGCUUCAAACCCCAAGAAGAUCUCUCUGUUAUCUCUGAACCCGAAGUCGCCGAGCGCGUUUCCACGCUGAGAUCGACCUCAUUCCCUUACUAACGCGCAUUCCCCGCAUUCCUCGCAUUACCCGCAUCCCCCUCCCCGCGUUUUCCGGCGUUUCUGGCGUGUGCGGCACACGCUCCUUGCGAGGAAAGCCAACUGGGGGUGACGCGGGGAGAUCUACGAUCAGGCUGCUGCAGUCAACGCCUGUUACUAAAUACUAUUUGGAAGUACGGCAACAGCGACUGCAGCCCCCUCACCGCGCUGCUACUAAUUAGUAGUACCCUUGAGUGGAGCAGUUCGCUGUGACUCUCAAAGAGAGUGACAGCGACACAUCUGCCAUGCAAGAGCGUGGAUCAACCCGCGACAUGAUCCACCAGUCCCCCCUGCUGCGCUUUGCGCCGCCGCCGCCGUUGCCGGCGGUUUCUGCGGAGUCGAUCCAAGCUGCUGCUGCCGCUGGUGCUGGUGCUGCUGCUGCUGGUCAGUCACAGCUGCUUCAGCUGCAUCAGCAGCAGCAGCAGCAGCAGCAGCAGCAGCAGCAAUGUGGGUCGCUGUGGAAGCAGUAUGAACCUGCGACUCGGAACGCCCCACUGCGCAGGCAGCAACAGCAGCAGGAGCCCCAGCUGGAGCUGCAGCAGCAGCAGCAGCGGCAGCAACAGCAGCAGCAGCAGCAGCAGCAGCGGCAGCGGCAAUUGCAGCAGCAGUUGGAGCUCCAGCGUGUUUGGAUGAAGUCUCAGCAACUGCCAGGACCACCAUUCCAGCAGCAGCAGCAGCAGCAGCAGCAGUCGCGGCCGGCGCUGGAGAAUGAGGGCCUCUCCACACAUGAGUGGCUGGCGCUAGGGGACUCUGCAAAUGGUGACUCUGCAAAUAGUGACUCAGCUAAUGGUGACUCAGCGAUCGGUGACUCAACGUGCCAUGAUGAGUUGGCACCUGGAUCGGAUUCACCCAUGAGAGAAGUAUUUUCUGAAAGCCCGCCACAUCAUCGACAACUUGAAGAGCACCAGCCGCAGCCGCCGCCGCCGCAGCAGCAGGAGCAGGAGCAGGCAUUCUACCCGCAUCACUGCAACGCUGACGCUGAAAGAUACAGCUGGAAGAAGACGUCACACAAACGCAUUGCGGGUCAGCCUGUAAAGAGAAUCUAUUUCGUCUGCGCAUCCAAAAACUCCACGGGCUGCCCGGCAAAAAAAACUGAGGAUCGAGUGGCUGGCAAGGCCCGUCCCGGGUGGCGCAAGCCAAAAGGCGCAAAAGCUACACCCGAUUCAAAGGCUAGACCCGAUACAGUUGCAACAGCAGAUGAUGACGGGUGCAUGCCGGACAGGAUGGAGAUGCGUGUGGUGGUGCGGACGGCGUAUUUUGGCUCGCAUAACCACUCACCGCCGCCGCCGCCCCCCCCAGAUACUCCCAAGGCCCUUCUUCUUGGCCCUACUGCUACAGUCAUCGAUGCUACGGCGUUCCCUCCUGCUACAGCCUUUAACACUACAACGACCCCCCCUGCUACAGCCAUCGAUGCUAUGGCAUUCCCUUCUCCAGCCUGCUUUCCUGCUGCCGCCCUUGCUGUUGCGACACCUUUGCCUCCUGCUUCUAUCAGCGUCCUUCCUGCGUCCUCCUGCCUCUCGCCUCCAGCCUCCCACCCGCCUGCAGUUUCCAUCACUGCUGCAAGCGAGCUGCUGACCCAGACUGCAUUCCACCGCCUGCUUUCCAGCACUCCAGCUGUCGAUGUGACGACUGCACUCCCCCCUCUACCCUCAACGCCAACUCCCGCUCCUCCUUCUCCUCCUCCUCCUCCACUUCCUCCUCUUCCUCCUCCUGCAGCGCAACCUCCUCCCCCUCGUCCUCUCCAGUCGUCCUUUUUUCCGUUGCAUGCUUCCGCUUGCUUCCCAGCUGCCGAGGCGCCUCAAGCUGCGUCCUUCCAGCCUGGGGACCCGUUGCUCUUCACUAGUCAGUCGCAGCCACCAGCUGGCUGGCCUGCUUCGCCUUCAGCAGCUGCGGGUACUGCUAGCCGUGCUUUCGCUACAGCUGCUGCAGCAGCUGCUACUGCAAGCCAUUCCCCUGCUACAGCCUCUUUCAAUGCCGCCCAUGACCCUGCCGCUACAGCCGCUUACUGCGACACCCACCUCUCGGUUCCUUCGCUCCACAGCAUUCCGCCGACCCCUCGAGCCGCCCACCUCCCUCCUCCCCAUGCUCCUUCCCUUCCCCCGCCUUCCCCUGCCACCAUCAGCUCUUAUUUCGGCAUAGUUCAGCCAUUAGUGGCGGCUUCACCGCCAUCAGCACCACCAGCAGCAGCACCAGCAGCAGCACCAGCAGCACCAGCAGCAGCACCAGCAGCACCAGCAGCAACAGCAGCACUAGCAGCAGAAGCAGCAGCAGCAGCACGGGCAGCUGUGAUGCCAGCAGCACCUGCAGAGCCGGUGGGGUAUCAGCACGACCAAGAGAAGCUUCUGCGAGCUGUCCGGCGGCAGAGUUGUCAACGGCAACAGAUGCACCUUCAGCAGCCGCAGCAACGGCAGCAGCAGCGCCAACAGCGGCAGGUGCCUUCAUCUCUCCUCUGCACAGAGCAUCUCGCACCCCAAAUGCCUGUAUGUGCUCCUGUCACUUUCGCAUGCACCCCUGAUCUGACCUUUUGCACUCCUGACGUAACCAUUCAUGCUCCUGACGUAACCACUCACGCCCCUGAGGUAUCCACUCACGCCCCUGACGUAGCCACUCACGCCCCUUACGUAACCACUCGCACUCCUGGUUUAACCGGUGUAUGUGCUGCUGUGACAGCUGAACCGAUUGCUUGUGGGACAGAUGUAGCUAGUGGCCAGACAACACCAAGCCGUGGUGUAAUUGCUCUAGCAGGUGACCCUUACAUGACUGCCUGUCGAGUAACGGCCAAUGGUGUUAUCCCCAACCACCCUGCUGUUGCCAGUAACAGCUGUCAUCCUGGUCCCGCUACUGGUAACCCUAACCGUUACCUUUCUUCGCAACAAUACGAGACAAAGAGGCGGUUGCCCUGGUGUUCCCAGUUGCAGUCCUACGAGGGAGACCACCUGCUGCGGCAGCCUGCUUUCAUGGUGGAUGGUGGGAGCAGCGGCAGCAGCAGCAGCAGCGGCAACAGCAGCAACUGCAGCAACAGCAGCAACAGCUACAGCAGCAGCAGCAGCACCACCACCAGUAGCAUUUACUGCACGAGGGGGCUUUCCACAGGCCAUGCCGGUCUGUUUGCACCCACUACAAGCAGAUUCGACAGAAGGAAACGUUUGCUGGCCGACACCAGCGCGAUGCAGCCUGGCAGUGGAGAAAGCGACAUGUCGACUUACAGCACCACUGAAAACGUUUUUCUUGAGAAUUGCUUUUCAGACAGACGUAGCAGCAUGGUAAGCUGUGGCAGCAGCAUGAGCAGCAUCAGCAGCUGCUUCAUCGGGUCAUGGCCUCAGGCACCUCAAGGGCCUCACUCUGGUACUGGUAACCCUUUCGAGGCAGCUCAAAGGCCGCAGCCUGCGGCUGAGAUUGACACGGAAGAAGACACCAUGGGCGUGGCUGAUGCACAUGUGGUGAAUUAUUCGGCUGCUGACGUGUGCUUGGAUGAGCUGUAUUUGAUCCCAGAUGACAUCAGCAAGACCGCUGAUGACAUCAGCAGGCUCCAGGUCAUGAUGAUCCCAGAAUUUGAUUGUCCAGAUCUGAUGAGCAUGCUUACUCCACGGGAACUGGAGAUUAUGAAUGGGUUGUUGGCACCUGAUAGUGGGGGGAAUAUGCAGUCGUUUGCACCGGAAGGGAAGACGACGUGAUGCGAGCGAGUGCCUUGGUUGUGUGCUUGAUUAAUUUCCUGCAAAGUGGUUUUCCAUGAGUAUAAGGUCAUUCUAGCUGCAGUACAGCACCCCACAGGUGUUUAACAAGAAUUAAAGUCGGCAGAUGAA